AUGGACAUCCUCUCCUCCCUCCCGUCCUUACAAUACCUCGUCGCGUACUUCAUCCCAGUUAUGCUGCUGGGGGUUUUCGUCGGUUCUCUGGUCAGCCCUCGCAGCCUCACAGCCGCGGCGUGCUUUCCGCAACCGGUCGACAAGCCGAUGGAUACAUUCUUUUACCUUUUUGCCGUACGAGAACAUUGCCUGGGGCUUGCUCUACUGAUCCUUGAGGCCUGCGAUGAGUGGCGGGCGGCGGUGGUCUUGCUGGCUUGUAUUGGUAUCAACGGUACUGGCGACUUCCUGCUUGCAGGAUCUUUGGGGACAGGAUGGUGGCCUUCCUUUACGACCCAUGGCAUUCCCACUCUGGUCGGAUAUUGGGCAGUUUGGAAGCUAUGGCAGGAACAUUGGUGA